AUGGAAGAAGCCAUACAACUUGAAUUCGUCAGGAAAUAUCUGUCAAAAACUAGGAGGCUGAAAACGCUUGAAGUGCUUGAGACGAACUGGAGGCCGCAGAAACGAAUAAAUCUCAGUUUUUCUAUUCAAUCUGCUCCAAAAAGAACGAAACUAGACUCAGAAUCAAAAAAUUUCAAGGAAGAAAAGAAGGAAUUGACCAAAAAAGACCUUAAAAAGAAGUCAAUACCAAAAGAAUUCAAAAGACUAGCGAAAACCGUUGGGCUUCCAAGAGAACACUGGGACUUCUUUUACGAAUACCGGAAGAACUUCAAUUUCGAACUCAAAAAAGACUUCCGAAUUCACUGCACUGGAAAUAAGGGACACUUGAAACCUCCCAGUUCAAGAAAAAUUGAUAUCACCACGAAGAAAAAAGUACUCAAGAAGCCAACUAAAGAUAAAACUUCAGAAACAAAAAUCCAAGUUCCAGAAGAUUUCAAAAAGAUCGCGAAGACCUUUGGUCUUCCUGAAGCUCACCUUGAGUUCUUCUACGAGCACCGAGAGAAAUUUAACUGGGCAAUCAAGAAAGACCGGAAAAUUAACUGCACUGGAAACAGCGGCUAUUGUACUUUUAAUUCUGACGUUUUUCCUGGGUGUCUUGUCGAUCACAUGGUCACGGCUCAUAACCAUGGAGAGUUUAAAUGUGAUAGAAUCGAUUGUAUGUUCGUCGGCUUUUCUGAAAAGAUUUUGAACAAACAUAUCGCGGUCUUUCACGGAACCGGUCGAAAAGCACCGUCCAAAGACCUCAAUCUUCCCUGCAAAUAUCCCAGUUGCUCUCACAUGGCUGUUUACAAGUCAAACUUAGAAAAACACUAUCAAGUCCAUGAGAAUCGAUUGCCUUUCACUUGCAAUUUCUGUACAUACCGCGCCAUUCAGCCUGAAAACUUGGCGCUGCACAUGCUCUAUCAUUUCAAAAUUCGAACGUUCGAGUGUAAUCAAUGCAGCUCGAAGUUUUAUACUGUUGCGGAAUUGAAUUAUCAUAAACGAAAGCACAGUAGGGACUACAUGUGCCCACAUUGCCAUGAAAACUUUGAUAAAACAGCUUCGAUGAAAAAACAUAUCACAACCUGCGCAAUACGGCUGAAUAAAUUUAAAGAUUAA